CAGCAUUCCAGAACUCCUCUGCCACACAGCCCCGACUACACUCUCCUGCCACCCACGUCACGUACCUGAACCUGCCCACAUCCGUGACUUCCGCAGUGCAUAUCGCAACAACCCACUUAUCGUGUCCAUCGACCCUCCCAGCGCCAUCACCAGUGGCUAGCCAACAUGACGUCUCAGUGUAUACGGCGAUAGCCGGGGUUUAACAUGAAUAAUACUAAUCUCGCCGCCUUAUUUCCGUUCGAGAUGCACAUCUUCUCGAGCUCAAUUCGCUGGCUCUUGACGUAAUCCGGCGUUGACGUAGGUAGUGCAGCGGAGUCCAGCGGAACGCUACUCAUAGCUUGACGGUAUAAAGGGCAGCAGCACAUUUCCUACUAAACAUCGAGUAUUCACAUCUUCCCGAUUCAUCCUCUCUUCUCUCCACCACCAAACACAAUGGCCCCACGCGUCUUCCUCAUUACCGGCACUUCUACCGGCUUCGGCGAAGAGCUCGUCAAGGUCGUUCUGAAAAACGGCGACCACGUCGUUGCUACAGCUCGCAACAGCUCCAAGCUCUCCUUCGCCGACGCCAAUGACUCCAACAGCCUGCUCGUUGACCUCGACGUGACAGACAAAGGCUCAAUCGACAAGGCUUUCGAUGCCGCUAUCAAAAAGUUCAACCGCAUCGAUGUGGUCGUCAACAACGCUGGAUACGGUCUCUCGGGCCCCUUUGAGACGUUGUCAGACAAGCAGAUUAGGCAGCAAAUGGAGAUCAACUUCUUUGGCCUGAUGGACGUCACAAGAAAGGCCAUGGAGACAAUGCGGGACUUGAAGACGGGCGGCGUGAUCCAGCAAGUCACCUCUAUUGGUGGUCAACGCGGUACUCCAUCAUUCUCCAUUUACUGCGCUAGCAAGUGGGCUGUCGAAGGAUUCACCGAGUCCCUCGCUGCAGAAGUCAAGCCUGAAUGGGGCAUCAAGUUCACAUGCAUCGAGCCCGGCGGUUUCCGCACCGACUGGAGCGGCCGCAGCAUGCAGUUCGGUGAACUCGAAAACCCUGCGUACGAUCACAUGGACCCCAAAAAGCUUGCCGAGGGCCGCCAUCACAAGCAGGCUGGUGAUCCGCCAAAGGCAGCACAAGUCUUUUAUGACUUGGCUAUCAUGGACGACCCGCCAAUGAGGUGCGCGGUUGGUACUGACGCUUAUGCGGCCAUGAAUGACAAGCUCGAGAAGUACAAGGAGAGUGUGAAGAAAUUCGAGAAGUGGAGCACAAGCACCAAUGUUGAUGAAUGAGGCAUCGGGCUAAACGCCUAACCGUGGAGAGUAUACCGCGAGAGUUGGUUGUAGGGCGUGCAGCCUGCUCCAAUACACUACGAUUGUUUUAGAUUCGAAAGACCAGUUAGAUAAUGGCGACAAGCAUGAAAACAACAAAGUCUAUUUUCACU